AUGCAACAAGAACAAGACGUGAACGCGCAGUAGCUGUUUGCCGCCAGUCAGCUUCUCGUUUAUCCGCAGCACGCACCUUGUGACUAGUGUUAGUUGAAACGAUAACGUUUUGGAUUAAUACCGUUGUGUUUUUUUAGGUUUGUGUGGAUUCUUGUUAAACGCCUGGGGUUUGCAACUGUAGCCGGAGCCGACAGAAGAUCCGGGUUUUAGCGGUCGUCUGUGGAGUCAGGAUUGUAAAAUCUCUGUAGGCCGCAGUGUCUAAGAUCAUCAACAACAACAUGGCCGAUGAUUUGGACAUCGAAGCAAUGCUCGAGGCUCCAUAUAAAAAGACUUGCCUAUAUCUCACCUCUACUCCCAUGAAUUCCAGUGUGAACUGUCAAAAAAAUGAAGGGCGAGAUGUGUGACUGAGGUGGCAUCGAGCUCUUUCAAUCCACGAAGGCAAAUGGGGUGAAGAUCACUGGAAUGGCAUCCACCACUGGAGCUCGUUUAGUGGCUGGCUGCUUGCGUUGCCACUUUGGGUCUUAGGCUCAGAUAGCCUUGGUACUGAACCUGUUGGGCUGCUUAAUGAAUGAAUGAAGUGUCAAAAAAAUGCUUUUUUUACAUACCCAGCAUAGCAUUAGCACUUGAUUUUAUUUUUUUUAUUUUUUUUUAUUAUUACUUUAUUUUUUUUAUUUUUGGACGUUUUACACAAGUAAUGCAAGCACUAGUAAGGAAGAACGACAUUGGCAGCCAUGUGGUUGGUUUCUUUCUAAAGGUCCCCCUUGUAUUUAUCGUCUUCCCACACAAACCCUGUAAUAAACUCCUAUUUAAUGAUCAUAUCAUAUUCUCUUUUGUUCCCAUCCCUUCUUUAUCCUUACGACUUGAAAUGUUUCGCCGUCCUCCUCAUGCUGUCUUCUAUCGACCCUGCUUAGGAUGACAUCAAGUCCAUAAGUACCAAUGGCCACGAGGAGCGGAGCAAGAAAAAAAAGAAGAGCAAGAGUCGCAGCAGGAGCCGGGAGAGGAAGAGAAGCAAGAGUCGCGAACGCAAGAAGAGUCACGACCACAGGAGGAGCCGCAGCAGAGAGCGGAAGCGCAGCCGCAGCAGGGAGAGACGCCGCAGCCGAUCCAGGAGCAGGGAGCGUGGCGGGCGCUACAGAGCUCCAUUUUCUGGCCUGAAAUUUAACGGUGGCCCCAGAGGGAAAACUGGCCCACCUCCUGCCAUCAAACUAAGUCGUAGAAGGUCUAGGAGCCGCAGUCCAUUCAAGAAAGACAAAAGCCCUAUAAGACAGCCUAUUGAUAAUCUCACCCCUGAGGAAAGGGAUGCGCGCACAGUGUUCUGUAUGCAGCUGGCAGCUAGAAUUCGGCCACGAGACCUGGAGGAAUUCUUUUCUGCAGUGGGAAAAGUGCGAGAUGUGCGAAUCAUCUCUGACAGAAACUCCAGAAGAUCCAAAGGAAUUGCUUACAUUGAGUUUGUAGAUUCUACCUCUGUACCUUUGGCAAUCGGUCUGUCUGGUCAAAGACUUCUUGGAGUACCAAUCAUUGUCCAGGCUUCACAGGCUGAGAAGAACAGAGCGGCUGCAUUGGCCAACAACUUACAGAAGGGCAGUUCUGGACCUAUGAGACUGUAUGUCGGGUCAUUACACUUCAACAUCACAGAAGACAUGCUCCGAGGCAUCUUUGAACCAUUUGGACGGAUUGACAGCAUUCAACUGAUGAUGGACAGUGAAACGGGACGAUCUAAAGGAUAUGGCUUUAUUACAUUUUCUGAUGCCGAAUGUGCCAAGAAGGCUCUGGAACAGCUUAAUGGCUUUGAGUUGGCUGGCAGACCAAUGAAAGUUGGACAUGUGACGGAGCGCACUGAUGCCUCCACCGCCAGCUCCUUCCUGGACAACGAUGAGCUGGAAAGGACCGGUAUUGAUCUUGGAACUACCGGAAGACUUCAACUCAUGGCCAGACUGGCCGAAGGUACAGGUCUGCAGAUCCCACCCGCUGCACAACAGGCCCUUCAGAUGAGUAACUCCAUGGUAGCCAUGGCUGCUGCUACUGCUGCUAUGAACCCUGGAUUGAGUUUUAACAUCAAUGUGCCCACAAACCAAGCUAUGAAUCUACCAUCACAGCCAAUUGCAACACACUGUUUCCAGCUGUCUAACAUGUUCAAUCCAAACUCAGAAAAUGAUCAUGGUUGGGAAAUCGAAAUUCAGGAUGAUGUCAUUGAAGAGUGCAAUAAACAUGGUGGAGUCAUACAUAUAUAUGUGGACAAGAAAUCCGCUGAAGGUAAUGUCUAUGUGAAAUGUCCCACCAUUCCUGCUGCCAUGGCAGCAGUCAGUGCGUUACAUGGACGCUGGUUUGGAGGUAAAAUGAUCACAGCAGCUUAUGUCCCUCUUCCUACAUACCACAACCUUUUCCCAGAGUCAGUGCAGGCUACACAGCUUCUUAUGCCCAGUCGCCGGUGAUCAAUCAUUUCUGGAAGAUUCACUUUUUUUCACCCUUGCUCUUUUUAACUUUUGGACGACAAUAACAGCAAGCUGUGUCGUAUUUGUUUUGUUUCCUUGAAGUUGGUUACAAAUCAGUAAGGUUAACUUCACUUGCAUAUUGUCCUUACAGGUCUUGGACAUCGAGAGAAGUUCUGUGGUUUAAAAAGUUUCCUAUGUACAGCCUACUUGUUGAAUUUUGCUUCUUGAUCUUUUAUUGUUCAUACAUAUUUUUCCCCCGCCACAUAUAUUGUCUUUGUGAUAGAUCUGAUUGGCUUGUUUCCCACUUGGGGAAGUGUACAAUAUUGCCAGAUACACAAUAUAAAAUAAGUCUUGAUUUAAACUCUGCAAUUUUGAUCAAACAUAAUCAGUUUUUUGGCUCUAUGAGCUGUGGGAACUAAAUGGCUGACAAAUAUCUUUUGUGUUCCUUUAGAGACCAUAAGGUUUAGAAACAUCUUGUUUUUUGUAAUCAAGAUUUGAUUUUUGUAAAGUCCUUGAUGAAAGUUCAUUUCAAAUAAAGCCAAGAUAACUGAA